ACAACAAACUCGCAGGUUGCGGGCUGGUGUGGAGAGUUUUCUGGGAACAAUAUGGUUUCGGCUUAUUCACUAUAUAAAUCUGUAUAAGCGGCCUGUAGAGGGAGGUCGUUGAUGUAGAUGUAGAUGUGUUAGCUGUAGAAGUUGUAGCUGUAAGUGGAGAGAGAGAUAUAUUGCUGGAGUGGACUGCGCUGGGCGGCUGCUGCUUCUGAGCUUUACUUCAUCUGAACGGCGCUGUUUUACUGACUGAUGGCAAGACAGGGGAAACCCAGGCUCAAGGUGGUCUCGUCAGGCAGACUGACAGGCUGUGGGCGGGGACAAGCGACCAGGAAAACGGUUGUCGGAAGACGUGUAGCGGUUCUUGAACCAGCAUAUUCUCUGUACUCCACCGAUUCAGAAGACCAGGUGACAACAGUCCACAAAGGUCUGGAUCGCUGUGCAGCUUUACUGAAUGGAAUGCUUCAGGCUGAGAAAACAGCGGAAUCGAAAGAGUCCAAGUCAAAGUCUCAUUUUCCAAAGACGACUUCUUCCAAACUUAAAUCUAAAGUGGUGUCUGGAAAGGUGGAAGCAGAAAAGAAGAAAUCGGGAAAGAAGUCAAGCUUGGUCUCUCACAUAUCCAGGAAACCAGCUCCUGUACAGAAGACUAUUUUGUGCUCCCAGAGCAGAACAAAAGCAUUGACCCCAUUGACGCAAUCUGAGCAUAUCCAGCCACAUUCUCUUCCUUUGGCAUGCCCACUUACUGCAGGCACAGUAAGAACAGAACAACAGACCUCAACUGUGUUUAAUUGCCGUCUGGCCACCUCUACCCCAGUACUGAACCCUCAGAUACCCACUCCAGAGCACAGUCAAGUGCCUCCUAGGGAAUCAGAUGGACAGCUGCACUACUUCACACAGCAGUGGGACAUUGGUACUGGAGGGCAAUCAAGUCAGCAUGGACCACCAGUCCAUUACACAGCUUCGCUGCCUGUGGCACCAGCUGUUCAGCAGCAUCCUGGUGCCUCCACAGCAUCUGUGCACCAGGCCACAACAAUUCCAGGGGCAAAUGGGAAGCUUAGAGUGCCAAGUCCCCUUUUAAGUGCACCUCAUUUGGUGGGGUCAGAUGGACGGAGUACCCCUAUUGAGUCGUGUAAUAGAUCUUCGACUAACCCUUCACCCACAAUGGCAACACACGUGCCCCUACUUCAAGUACCAAUCACCAGCCAUUCACAGGCUCAUCCACAGCCUACACUGGUGUAUGCUGGUCCGUAUGAGAAGCAUCAGCAGAAGCUUUCAACCGAGGAAAGCUCAGACGAGUGUGGCGGGUGCAGCAGUGAGGAGGACGAGCUGACUUUAGUAGACACUACACCAGUCAGAGAUACAAGCUGUCAAACCAGCAUAAACAAUCCCAUACUAAUGCCCAGUCAAAAAGGCAAAACAUCUAGUCCAGAAAAGACCGCCAAGAAGGUUAUGACUGUCAAGUAUCUACUGGGUGAGCUGAAGACCCUGGUAGCUAAUCAAGACAGUGAUGCAGUGCGUCUCAUCUCGGAGGUGGAGCAGAGCAUCUCCCUGCUCCCUGCCAUGGUGGGCAGCACCAAUGUGCAGGCUGAGCUUGCACUAGCCCUGCAGCCUCUCAGGAGUGAGAAUGCACAACUUCGCAGGCGUUUAAGGAUCCUGAAUCAACAGUUACUGGAGCGGGAGAGAGCAGAAAGGCAGGCCAGACCAGUGGACUGCACUCUAGAAUUGGCCACUCUGCAGUCCCUCAACCUCACACUUCAGACUCAGCUCAGUGACAGCCAGAGAGAGCUGGGAAAUCUGCAGCAGGAGAACCAGAGGCUGCAGCGAGACUUGGAGGAUAAAGAGAUUGACCUCCAGAAGAGCAAAGAGCAGAGCAAAGUGGAGAUCAGCCGCAUACGCUUGGAUGUGAGUGAAGCACUGGCUGAAAUGAGAAACUGCCAGGCUAAGCUGGAAGCAUCUGAGAGGGAAAAGGUUGCACUGACAUGGAAUGUCCAGCAGAAGGAGGCAGAGAUCACAAAAUUACUGGAGAUCAUUGGAAAUCACCAGAAAAGCUCCUCUGCUAAAGAGACUGCCUGCCAUUUUGCACAGACAGAUAUGCCUAAACCUCCCUCGCAACUCACGAAGAGUGUUCUGGACUUGUAUGAGAAUCAAGAAAAACAGACUGCCAAACCUGACAGAGUCUCCGACACCAUUAAGACCUACCUUCAGACUCUUGAGAGCACAGGACAUGACACUUACAUUCAUCAGUCUGAUCUACUCCCCUGUCCUCUCUCUCCUCCCUCAAUUGACCAGGGGAGGUUUGUUGAAGAGAGUGGUAAAUUACAUGAGACGAGACGUCUGAUUAUACCACAGGACAGUCAAGCUGGUGGUAAGAUUCAGGAAGGAGACGAUCGUGAUCGAGCUUUUGUGCCUCUCAGAGAAACAGCAAGAGUGCAGCCAGCAGCUAAGGUGACCCAGAAAGACUUUCCAAAGCAGAAACAGGUUGAUGGAGUUAGUGAUCACCCAGGACUCAACUUCUUGGGCCUUGCUUUUGAAAAACUUGGACUCCCUACUCAAGACCUCAAAGUUCUGGAUGAUGGUAAAAAUUUCCUCUCACAUGCAAAAGAGGGUACAGUACACCCAGAGCUUUCACAGCAGUCACAAACUGUUCGCCGCUGUCUGCAGAUAGGUGAAGAAUCUGCAUACACAGGAAGGCCAUCAGUCUUGGAGAAUACCCUUUCCUCUUGUGAUAUAAAAUCCUUAGCCUCAGACUGGAGUGUGAACUCGUGGUCUACGUUCAACACGCGGGAUGAGCAAAACUUUCGGAAUGGCUUAGCAGCCCUGGAUGCCAGCAUUGCCAGUUUACAGAAGACCCUAAAAGCUGAACUUAAGAAAUGAUCCAAUAAGCUUAAGCUUGCAUUAGCAUGUUUUAUCUGUGUCUGUGUUUUGUAAUUUUAAUCAUUAUAUUAAAUUAUUUAUUAUAAAUAAA